UGACCUCACUGAGCCUGUCACUGCUUGUUAUCCAGAAGUGAUGCUCCAGAGAGCUGUUAUGGCUGCAGCCUCUGAGAUGUGUAGAGAAAAUGGUCAAAUUUGUGUGCAAAGUGUGUGCAAGUGGAAGCAAACCGAGAGUUCUGGAAACAGGCAGGUAUUUCUAAAAUAAUGGUCUUUGCAGUGUCUCCUUCCCUGCAGAGAUGGGGUUUGGCCAUGGUAAUGGUACCUCUGUGUAUGUUUAUCAGGGUCCAAGAGCUCACAUGAUCCUAAACUUUAGAUUUCGUGAAAAUCUUUACAUUUUCAUUGGUUUCUAUUAGCUACGCUGACAGAACAACCAAUACAGAAGCCCAGCAAUAAUGAAAGCAAAGGUGGUGUUUAUAUCUAGUUCAGCUAAGAGAAAUUUAAAUUUAUUUACUUCUAGCGGUGUUCCAGGAAAAGUGGCAGCAACAACAGAUGUGAAGGGGAUUUGAUGUUCAUCCAGGCUGUGUGCAUGAAUCAAUGCUGACAACCAACAAACUGCAACUCCUCUCACUCCUGGAAGUCUCUGGUUUUGCUUCUGCACGGGAAGGACCUGAUUUGCUUCCUCUUGUAUCCAUUGCAUUACUGCUGCUGCUGGGAAAGGUGACACCAGAGGGCUGCUCAGGGUUCUCCCAUGGUGUCACCACCCGAAGGUGUGGCAGGUGUCACCUGAACUCAGCGUUCAGACUGAUGCAGCCUUUGCUCACCUGCUGUGGUGGGGCUGUGACACAUCCUGAGCACCAAACCCAGGGGGAGCACUGCCGCUGCGAUGUGCUGCUAGCGCUGAUCACACCCCAAAACUCUGCUCACGGGAAUUGCGCUGCAAUUCCAGGAAAACCAUCACCCUUUAUGCCUGUAAUCCAGCGGAUUUGAAAGGAAUUAUAAAGCUGUAGCAAGGAGCAUGAAGGGUUUCUCCUGCAGCAGCAAUCCCACCUUCUGACCAGCUCCAGGAGCAGCUGUGUUUAGCAGAAUUCACCUUGCUUCAACAGCUUCCGCAGCUGGGAGAGUCUGAGAUUACCCAGAAAUAUAGAAAGGACCAGGGAAGAGGAGAAGGACAUGUAAACCACUCUGCAAGAUCAUCCCAGGAAAGGAACUAAAGGAGCCAGAAAUUAGGAGCUCCAUGUUGUGUUCCCACAGCCUUAGAAGGGGUUAGAAGCACGCAAUGGCCAUGGGGAGAGGAAGCUACUUUCCAGGCUAAAUCCUCCCUGAUAUAAAUCUGUUCCACUGGCACUGCAUUUUAUCAGGUCAGUGCAGCAGGCAAAGCACGAGAAGUGACACCAGAGCAGGGAGGAGGAGGACAUCAGGAAGUCUCCUAAUCCUUGCUGGGUUGCCAAAUGAUGGAAACGUGAAAGCUGCCAGGAAGAACAGGGAUCAAAAGUGAUACUCCUCUGGUUUGUCUCUCUGAUGCUGCAACCUGGAGACAAGUCAUUUCUGUGAGGAGGUUGUGCAAACAUCAUGUGUUCCUGUGUGGAAAGCAGAGGACACGGCCAGGAGCAACAGGACACGCUGAGCUAAUGACAGAUCUGAAGAAGUGUCAACACCGCAGCCGAACAAGCUCGAGGUGGCAGGAAUGUUGUUCACAGGGGACGUGGGAGUCACAGCAAAUACUCUUUUCAAGGCUGGUUGCUCCUGAUUAAACAGUGUUUUCAGCAGGAAAAGCCAAAAACUUGCCCAGAGGCAGUGGAGUGCUCCAGAUGAGUCCCAUGCUUACUCCAGCAACGGCGGGUGAGCUAUAUCCAGCCUCAGCGUCAAAACAGGGAUAAAUGGAAAACACAUUGGAAAGAGGGUUAUGUCCAUAUGGAGGAGGAUUGACAUCCAUUUCCAAACUGGGAAGAACGUGCUAUACCAGCCAGUUUUGCCCUUGGUUAUCCACCUGAGAUGCCUGUGCAGAUUCAACAGGAUGUUGACCUGGAUCUCUCAGAACAGCUCAUGGAGAGGAAAGACCCUCUGACACAAAACAACGUCACUGGAGAGAGAGCUGUAAUGUCAGGGAGGGCAUCUGGAAGAUCAAAGUGGGAAUAAGCCAAUCACUCCAAGCUGUAUGGCUUUGCAUGGCUGGGUUUUAUUUCCAUUCUUUUGAAGCACAUCUCAUAAGUCUUAACAAGGAAAGAACUUUUGUGUAAAUGAAAAAAAGGCUGUUUGUGUAAAAUUCAGUAAAUUAAAAAAAACCCCAGCCCAAACGCCACAGGCCUGCGGGGAAGAACUGGAAUUGAAUUUCUGUAAUACGGACCUUUCCCAGAAAAGCCAGGCGUGGGUCAGCGUGCAAUGCAACACCACACAUCUGCUAGGGAUUCUGCCCAGUUCCUCCCAGUCUUUUCCAUUUCCAUCCUUUGCCAUCAUUUGAAACCUUUCACGAUGACAACUCUCAACCACAGCCCAGCUCUUCCCCAGCAGGGGCUCUGGGACUCUGGGGCUGCCUGGAGUAGGGAAGAAGACACAGGUGAGAGGGAUGGAGGGUGGUGGGUGGAAGUCACCUCCUCCACCUCGCCUCUGCCUAUGGAGCAGGGUGAAACCAUGUGUGCAGCUGGAAUGAAGCCUCAUUUUCCCCUUCCAGCAGCGACUCAAGGUGUGACCCAGUGUAAGCACUGUGGCGUCUCACGGAAAUGACUCAGGUUCUCAGUGCUGACCUGUUUUGAUGAUCUUCAUCCAGUGGGACAUGGAUUUAUUGUCCUCAUCAGCCUCAAGUGACACCGUUUGCUCUUUCUCCAAGGGCUGGUAGGCAAGCAAGGUGACAACUGGUGAUUGGACGUGACCACUGCUCUGCCCUGGGAGAGCGACAUGUGUGCAGUGGCCUCUCCUCAGCCCUUCUCAAAAUGUUUGUCCGGGAGCAGCCAUAAAUCCGGCUAUAUUGACCCGAAGAUGCAAUCCAAGGCGUUUGAGUCUAGGCCUUAUCUACAUCACCUUAUCUGGAGCGAGAGAGCGAGAUGCACCCCGGGAAGGGAGGGGACUGCGCCAGAGGGAUCGGCCUCGUCCCUUCUGUCCUGGCACAGGGAGGGGACUGCGGGCAGAGCUGGGUAAUGAUUUGUCAUUGCAGGGACUGGGGUGUCUCUCUUUGCAGAGGAAACCUUGGCCGUGAUUGACAGCAGGGCUGUUUCUGCUGCUUCCCUCGCUGUUGUCAAGUAAUAAUGAAGCUUUGUCAGUCCAUCAUGGACAUGGAUAUGCCAGAUUAUGUUGACUCCUUGGACUCCUCUUAUACCAUGCUGGAAUUCGACAACCUCCGUGUGCUCCCCAAUAACACCGCAGAGGCCAUCGCGGCUGAGUCAGCAAACACCAGCCUGCUCCCCAAUGGUGUCAGCUCCCUGUGCUCCAUCUGUGGGGACCGGGCCACCGGCAAACACUACGGGGCCUCCAGCUGCGACGGCUGCAAAGGCUUCUUCAGGAGGAGUGUCCGCAAGAACCACGUCUACUCCUGCAGGUUCAACCGACAGUGUGUGAUAGACAAAGACAAGAGGAACCAGUGCAGGUACUGCAGGCUGAAGAAGUGCUUCAGAGCUGGCAUGAAGAAAGAAGCCGUGCAGAACGAGCGGGACAGGAUCAGCAUCCGCAGGAGCAGCUACGAGGACAACGGCUCUCUCUCCAUCAACGUCCUCACUCAGGCUGAGGCCAUGGCACAGCAGUAUUUAUCCCUGAGCCCCGUGCACAGCACAGACAUUGCCAUGAAGAAGGUUGCCACCAUCCACGAUGUGUGUGAGUCCAUGAAACAGCAGCUCCUGGUGCUGGUGGAAUGGGCAAAAUACAUCCCGGCCUUUUGUGAGCUCCCCCUCGACGACCAGGUUGCCUUGCUCAGAGCCCACGCAGGGGAACAUCUGCUCCUCGGGGUAGCCAAGAGGUCCAUCCCAUACACUGAUUUCCUGCUAUUAGGGAAUGAUUUCAUCAUCCCAAUGCACUGCCCAGAACUGGAAAUCGCUCGUGUGGCCACCAGGAUCUUGGACGAGUUGGUGAAGCCCUUGCGGGACAUCCAGAUCGAUGACAACGAGUACGCCUGCCUUAAAGCCAUCAUCUUCUUUGACCCAGACUGCAAAGGCCUGAGUGAGCCCGGCAAGGUGAAGAACAUGCGCUUCCAGGUGCAGGUGAACCUGGAAGAUUACAUCAACGACCGCCAGUACGACUCCCGCGGCCGCUUCAGCGACAUCCUGCUGCUGCUGCCGCCCCUGCAGAGCAUCACCUGGCAGAUGAUCGAGCAGGUGCAGUUUGUGAAGCUCUUUGGUGUGGCCAGGAUCGACAGCUUGCUGCAGGAGAUGCUGCUGGGAGGAACCACUGCUGAUCUCCAGUACCAGUCAGCACCUCCCAGCCUCAACCUGGAACCGCUGCCGGGACAUGUCCUGCAAAGCAACAUGAGCUCUGUGAUCCACGCUGCUCCAGACCCAUCUCCCGAGACAUCCCUUCCAUCUCCUUCUGCCAGCACAGGAAGUGAAGACUAUAAACUAGGCUCUAGCGCAGGGCCCAGCACCGUAGUGCAGCUCCUGCCUCAGACACUGAUCCCCAAGCAGGAGAUUUUAUAGGGAGAGGAGGAAGGAGAAGGUGGGAGCAAUGUGGAAAGCGUGCUGAAAGUGAAACGGGCCCUUUCUCUUUGCAGAGGCAAAGCACAGCACCCCCCUGCCUGCAGCCGGAUCCGUCGCUCCCACCCUUCCCCGUCCGUGAGCCAAGUGCCAGGGGCAGCCUGCAGAGGAGCCUCACCUCGGAAUUCCCACCACCAUCACCCCCAUGGGAUUGGGGUUCAUGCCCUCCUCAGUAGGGCCAGGACUGCCAGCUCUUCAGGGCAGGGCUCCUCAGUGUGUCUGUGAUCAUUGCUUGGUGCCACCGGGACCCUUUCGGAGCCUUCGGCCGCUCUCUCCAUCAAUCCCAGUGCCUUGCACAGCUCCUGGUAACCCUUCAUGCACACAGCAGGGCCUGAAUUGGGGUGAAAAAGUCUAUUCCCAACACAAAUUUAAUUAAUUACACUCCCAUUUCUCCUGUGGCACGUUCAGCUUUAGGAAAAAUACCGUCAUAACCUUCAGCAGGCCAAGGCCGCCUUGUUCCACCCAGAGGGGCCCUGUUCCCAUAGAGAAGCCAACAUUUAACACUGGCCAGUUGUUAUUUAUAACCAGCAAUGCCAACAUUUUGCUAUUUUCCAUAAUUUCCAAUAUAUCCAGAGUCUAGUUGUGAGCCAGUUGAUGGACUCGACCCUGUGAGCACAUCUAACACAGGACAGCAGCAAAGAUCUCUGCCUCUCACCGUGGCUGCUGGUCUGGUAAACCCCCAAAUCAAGGUUGACUUAUCCCAGCCCCUGCUUUGUAUCUUCUCCAAAUGUUUACUGCAAACAAACCUGGAAGUAGCAAGUGCCCCAAAAUACCUUUUCUCAGUACAGAGAUGUGAUUUUUCUGCAGUUUUAUAUUUCUUUGUAAUGUCUACAAUGUAAACUUCAAGGCUCUGAAUUACCCACGAAAAGGAACAGGCAGGUCUGUGAGCCACUUAUUGUAAAAAGAGUUUGUGUUUAAAACAAGGUGCUUCUGCCUUAAUGUAAAAUUUAAUCAGCAGUUAAACAACAAAUUAAAUAAGCCCAGUGAUGACUACACAGCCUGAAGAGUUCCCAAAGUGCAGUCAUUGUGCCACAGAGUUGAUUUGAAUGAAUGGGACCUUAUUAGAAAGCAAAUUAUCAGAUUUCCACAACACUUAAGCUCAUUUGUCCACCAACCUCUGUCAAACAGCCACUGGGGGAUCAGGAGUGGCUGUCCUGAGCACUGGGGCACGAUGGAGAAUCCCUAGUUCUGACCCUCUGCACAAAUCACCAACCCCCCCCACCCCUCCCUGCUCAUGGCAAAGCCGAGAUGGUGGAGCCCAGAGGGGCUUUGGGGAGCACCUGGAGAUGUGCAGCUGGAGGAAACACAAUCCCAUCACUGAAAGGGAGGUCGGGAAGAGCAUCCGAGCUCCCAGCAGCAGGGGAAUUACAGCCUUGCCAUUCUGCAGCACCAGAACGAGCUGAAAACCAUCAGAGCGCAGCUCCAAUUUCACCUGGACCAGAAUGUUUUAUUUUUCUCCUGCCUAUGAUGAAUUUGAUCUGACAUUUUAUGCUGAUAAGUCUGAUUUGAAACAGCUCUAUCUGGACAGCAGGUUCCACUGCAGGCAUUCCUGCUGCAUGACAGAUGCAACUGUUCUGAGCCAGCACUGCUUCCAGUGCCUCCAGCAGCUCCAUUCCAUUCCUCUUCCAGACAUUAAAGGUACAUUUAUACUCAUUAAUGGUAAGAAAAUAAAUCUAUGGGGGAAAUAAAUUCCAUAUUCUCGUAUUUCAUAGGGACAGUUUGCCUUUUUUCUUGAAUUCAAAACCAAGUUUCCAAGGUUCUCCACCGAUUUCUCCAACACAAAUAUCUAUUUUUCAUUAAAAAGAAUCACCUACGGCUGCAAAGUCUGGCUUUCACUGGACACCGAUGGAAUUCACAAACUAAGAAGAAAAUAAAGUUGUCCAGGCACCAGCAGCUAUCAGAGUCAGCCCCCAGUGUUCAGCUGCUCUGGUGAAGAUUUGCAGCAAGAAUAAUUUACUGUAUGAAGGCCCAAAAUGGGGAGUUUUGCUGUGAAUCUUUCUGGCUUCCUUAUCUCAAACCCCACUGUAAAUUAAACCAAUAUUCUUAUGCAAACACACCUCAGAAGUGGCUAUUUUAUUGGAAUGAUUGGAAUCAUGAUUAACAAAACAGGUUCAAAGCCAUCAUUUAAAAAUAUCUCAUUUGCCAGCUGCUUAUCAGAAUGGGGCACCUCAGGCAAGAAAGCCUUAAAUAUUUCUAAGUUAUCCCUUUCUGUGACAAUUCUCGUAUUUGGCAUCUUUACCAUUGGAUCUGGGUCUAAAAUUAACUUUAUGCUGCACUAUAAUAUAAUGAGAAAUUGCAGAAAUAUUUUGGAGGUGCAAAGUUUCACUUCUGUUAUUAAAAAACUCAGCCUGUGCUUGCUUUGAUGCCUGCUGGAUAAUUUGCAGGGCUAUGGUUGGGGAUGACAAGAGCGAAGUGCAGGAUAGGAGCAGAUGUGCUACUGGAAUACAGGCAGGAAAAAAAAAAAAAUCAAGACAUUUAGAACAUACAAAACCAUGACUAAG